GCUCUGUCACCUCACAGUUGUCGUUGCUGGUGGCGGGUGCGGGGGCGCGAGCAGCGCAGGGCCGCCUUUCCCCCGCCCCUCAGGCCUGGCCCAGGCUCGCUCCCCCCCCACCGCUCCUUCCGCUCCCACCCAGUCGGGUACGGGAAGGUCCGAGCCACUGCCGGGUGCCAAAGGGACGUCGUGGCCGCUGCCGCCACGGGUCCCGAUGGAGCCGCCGAAUCUCUAUCCGGUGAAGCUCUACGUGUACGACCUGUCUAAGGGCCUGGCCCGACGGCUCAGCCCCAUCAUGCUGGGGAAACAACUGGAAGGCAUCUGGCAUACCUCCAUAGUUGUACACAAGGAUGAGUUCUUCUUUGGCAGUGGCGGUAUCUCCAGCUGUCCCCCGGGAGGGACAUUGCUUGGGCCCCCAGACUCUGUGGUUGAUGUAGGGAGCACAGAAGUCACAGAAGAAAUCUUUCUGGAGUACCUGUCUUCCCUGGGGGAGUCUCUGUUCCGAGGUGAGGCCUACAACCUCUUUGAACACAACUGUAACACCUUCAGCAACGAAGUGGCCCAAUUCCUGACCGGGCGGAAGAUCCCUUCUUACAUCACUGACCUUCCCUCUGAAGUUCUCUCCACACCCUUUGGACAGGCACUGCGGCCCCUUCUGGACUCCAUCCAGAUCCAGCCUCCCGGAGGGAACACCGUCGGCAGACCCAACGGCCAGAGCUAACAGGACUGCAUGGGACCGCCCUGCCUCACCAGGGCUUUUCCUUUUUAAACAAAACAAACCCUACCAGAUUUCUAUUUUAUAAUUUUACAUCAGAGCUAACAACCAGGGGACGGCUUUUUAAAUUUCCCAGGGAAGGAGCUCAUCAGGCUGCACGUAGGACGAUGCUGCUAAGAAACAACGAGAUGCCAUCCCCUCUAACAGUAUUACACUAAUUUAUUAA